CCUUCUUUUGUAGUCCUUGCUUCUACCCCAUGCUGCCGAAGCUUCGACUGUGGGACUAGCAGAGAAAAGUUGAGGAGAAGCGUUGCAAGAACCAAAGAAGAAUCCUUGCAUCUUCUCUCUCUCCUCUUCCCAACUCCGAGACUCCUUAAAUGGCCUUCACUCUGCCUCAGUCCCCAACGCCACUCCAUGAGCGCCGCCUUUUCGAGCUCCUUGAGGAACCACAAGAGCCCUUCCUCAAACUUCUCCCUUCCACAUACAGCAAAGCUUACUACAAGAGGCUACAUAAUUGGAUUCAAAUGCAGCUCAAGAGCAUCUCCAAUUGGGUCGAAAAAGCUCCUUUCAAUAUUGGUGGUUUCUCGACAGAGCUAACAGCUGAACCCCGAAAAGUUCACGGUAUUGAGGAAUUGUUCAAUGAGCUCUUUGAGCUAGCUUAUACUCCUGCCUUUUACCAGCUACUUGGAUCGCCAAAAUGCAAAUUCGAUCAAACGCAGAAGUUCAAACGUUCAGCUAAUUGCGAGCCGAGGAGGACCCAGAAAAAACUCCAUGGGUCUUCUCAUGAAUGCUUCAGGCAUGAGAAGAUUGAAGAGGUCAUAAGAGAGAUGACGACUUUGGAAGUAUCCAGCUCGAGGAGGGCGUGGAGUGGAUUGAAACAGGUACGAGAAGUAGGAGAUGAGGUAGAAGACAUGAUUUUUAAAGAAAUUAAAGAAGAAACGAUAAUUGAGAUGAUAAGAUCUUAUUGUAAAUUCAGCAGGAGUUCAUCAUCUUUUUAGCAAAAUUAUUUCAUCUAUUUGGAGUUUGUGAAAGGUUUACUGUAAUCUGCACUUCGACAUGAGUGCUUGAUUGAAAUUUCUGGU